AUCCGGUUGCUCAGUUGAUCAGUGAGCUUCACACCAGCUGAGUUCUUGUACGUUUGUGGAGGUUUUUGCAGCAUCGUUUGCGUGCCGAUCAAAGGCCAAAGGCCACAGCUAGUCCGACAGCCGGGUUGCGCCACAUCACCACAGACAUGACCAAGCACGAGUUUGAGGUGGCGAUGACAUGUGAAGGAUGCUCAGGAGCUGUCACCAGAAUUCUCGACAAACUGGAAGAUGUGAAGUUUGAGAUCGACCUGCCGAAGAAGCUGGUUUGGAUCGAGUCCGACCGAGACGUGGCGUUUCUCACGGACACGCUGAAGAAAUGCGGGAAGGAGGUCAAGUACAUCGGCACCAAGUGACGGGCGGCGUGCGGAGCAGGUGACGCCACGCGGAGGAAAUCAUUGCUGCGGAUGCAAAGUGAAGAUUUAUGCUGGAAUUCAAGUUCUUUACCUGUGAGAAGCGUCGAUGGAGCCCACGUUAAGCCCCUCCCUCCUCCUUCAGAUGCCCCCCCACAACAAAAAUCUCUGUUUCCUUUCUUUUCGCCUUUCCCGUUUGUGUAAAAGCUGCAAAACGAACGCACGCGAACUUCCUCCGACACUAUAGAAGUUUACAUUCCUAGUUUUGUGACACAUUCUGCAAACCGUUGUCUGUUUGUCUGUUUGGCUUCUCAAACUUCUCUGAGAAGAAGACCUUCAUGUUCGGGGGAAAUAAAAAUCACUUCUGCCUCA